AUGCAAUCGGCUGAAGAUUAUAUGGAUCCUGACGAUUUUCUAGCUGAGGAAGCAGUUAUUGGGGUUAAGGGACUUCCAUUUGAUUCACAAGCGCUGAUUAAUAUGGGCGUCAGCAACCGAGUUAGAGAAGUGGGUAAUAAUUAUGAAGGCGAAGAACGAGUGGAGAGACAGAUACCUUACUGGGUUGCAAUCAAGCUAGUCCAAAAAGGACUUGGAGAGUUGCAGAUGCCAAAGAUAUUUGGCCGACCGGUACGCAACGCAUUGAAGGCAGACCCGAUUCAUGUGAAUUUAGUUGAACAAGAUCCACGAUUCUUUGCAUUUGGUGGCAAAUUCCUUGAAGCUGUAGAGGACCCUGAACUGGCUGAGGUUCUUGAUAAGCAAAGCAGUAGUGAAUGCGAUAGGCUACGUCAUUAUACUUAUCUGCCCUUUAUCCCGAUUGGCGAUUUACAGAGUUACGUACAGCGUACGCGUGCCACACUUGAUCACUUGGAGUAUGGAGCGGCAGGUAAGGAGACGGUCUUUGUUUCGAAGAUGGACGAGACGGAAAGACAAGUGUACUUGGCGGGUGUGGAGACAGUCAGGGCAUACAAGACAUGGGCAUACAGUCGGAGGGAAUAG